AUGACACAGCAACCAGCUGGUUACGAGUCGGGUAUCGUCUUGUUGUCUCGUUUUCCAAGGCUAUUGGACCGGGGCGGAUGGGCGGCACACCUGUCUGAUACGGUGGCUCGCUUUGCAAGAAGGCUGUUCCCUGCUAGUCAUCGAUCCGUGGCCUUUAGCCCGCGGUCCAGCCAACCCUCUUCUUCCCGCGGGAUUCUGUCCAUCACCCAACUGACUAGUCAGCUCCGUGGGAACAUGCUUGCCAGCUUCGCCCUUCUCACCAUCGCCCGUGCCCUCGGCGAAACAUCCGAGCAGGGAAAGCCUCGAGCCGUGGUGUGCAUACGGUCAUCGCAGCGACUGAGCUGCACGAUACAGCGGUUCGAGACCCUAUGGAGGGAUUGGGCCGUAUGCGCAAGGGUCCAGUAUCGCAAUCGUCAACACCCCGAGCUCGAUCAACUCUUCUCCAGGACGUCCAGAGUCAUGGCCUACUCUGCCAUGCUCAUCUGCGACAUCAAGAUGGUGAUUCGAAGAGAGGCCAAGGUGAAAGUUUCGAGCGCUCGCGUCAUAAGGAUCCUGAGAGCGGCACGCAAAGCCAUCAUCUCCGGCCAAAGAAUCACACAUCUCGAGCAGAUGCAGUCGUGGGUUCUCCCAGAGAAGCCGCCCCCGGGAACGCCGGCAUCGGAUGUGUCGGUGCUCGAGUACGAGCGCAGAAGGAGGCUCAACGAAAAGGCGGACACGCUAGUGCAGCGGAGAAAGAAGCCUGUCCAGUGCUGCAUGUUUGUCGCCCUGGCCUUGUACCAGUUCCUGUAUGGAGACGGGCCCCAUGAAUUUGUCGCCGAGUACGAGGACGAGGUAGUGCGAGACACCUUCAGCCGCGCCAUCUCGGUAGACGAUGCGAAAACAUACGAGAGCCUGCAACUGAAGGACCAUUGCCGGGCGAGGUUGACGCCGCCUCAAGAUAAAAUACCCAAGAGCGGCAUCCCGUUUGGAGAGCUCACAUGCAUCCCUCGAUUUGUCCGAAACCCCAUGGCGUGUGGGACGCCCGUUGUGACGAAUCAGUUCCGUCUAGAGAGUGAGUCUCCCAAGCCGAAUCGUGGUCUCGGCUUCUGA